CAUCUGGUUUGAAAUUCGUAAACGGAUUGAUGAAUUAAUGACAUGUGAACCCGAGAAAGAGUAAAAGUUUUCGUACUUCUUUGAAAUCUUUACGAAUUAAACCAUCGGUGGUAAAUUUUUAAAGGCAUCAUGGAUUUGGGAAGCCUUAAAGUUGGUGUCAAUGUCGACAUUCAACGAACUGAUGGUCGCAUUCAUUCAGCUGUUAUUAGUGGACUAAAUCCUGAAGCAAGAAGUGUAACAGUAGAGUGGUUUGAGAAAGGAGAAACCAAGGGGAAAGAGAUUGAAGUAGAGGCCAUCUUCUCUUUGAAUCCUGACUUUGCUCCAGCACAGCCUCCUCCAAGCAACCGAGAAAUCCAGUCUUCAAAGAGUAGUAGAAUUCCUAAUGCAGGCGAUGGUCCUAAAGCUGUUCGAAAAGCACCAUCCUCUGCUAAGUCACGUCAAAGCUAUGCAGCAAAUUCCAGAUCGUCAGUAGCAAACCAGAAUGGCCAUGCUGAACCCAAGGUGGACCCCAAAGCAGCACCGGGUGCUCGAAGAAAGUCUAACUGUGUAAAAGAAGUGGAGAAAAUUCAACAGAAGCGAGACGAGAGACGAGCCAAACAUUUAGCAAUCAAGGAACAAAACGAACAGCAUUUUGACACAGCAGAUCCAAACUGGGAGUUCCAGGCCAUGAUCAAAGAAUACAGAGCCGGCCUGGAAUUUCGACCCUUGACCUCUUCCGACCCCAUUGUCAAUCAUCAAAUCUGUGUAUGUGUCAGGAAACGUCCACUAAACAAAAAAGAGCUCACAAAAAAGGAUGUUGAUGUGUUAACCAUUCCAAACAAGGAAUGUACCAUUGUACAUGAACCCAAACUUAAAGUGGACUUAACCAAGUACUUAGAAAACCAAACCUUCCGAUUCGACUAUGCAUUUGAUGAGAACUCCACAAAUGAAAUGGUUUACAGGUACACAGCUAAGCCUCUUGUAGAGUGUAUCUUUGAAGGAGGCAUGGCAACAUGUUUUGCCUAUGGCCAGACAGGAAGUGGAAAGACACACACAAUGGGAGGAGACUUCUCAUCUAAAGGCCAGCAAGACUGUGCAAAAGGAAUUUACUGCUUAGCUGCUCGAGAUGUUUUUAGACUCCUAAAUACAAAAUAUAAGAAGUUGGAGUUACAAGUUGGUGCAAGCUUUUUCGAAAUUUACAGUGGAAAGGUAUUUGAUUUGCUCAACAAAAAAAUCAAACUGCGUGUGCUAGAAGAUCACAAAGGCCAGGUGAAUGUGGUUGGACUUAAGGAAGAGCAGAUAGACAGUGCGGACGAUGUGUUACGACUCAUCCAGCACGGAAACAACGUUCGGACGUCAGGGCAGACCUCAGCCAAUCAGCACUCUUCUCGUUCACAUGCUGUGUUUCAGAUCAUCAUUCGCAGAAAGAACACGAACAAACUACAUGGAAAGUUUUCACUAAUAGAUCUUGCAGGUAAUGAGCGAGGAGCUGAUACCUCAAGUUCUGACAGACAGACAAGAAUGGAGGGAGCAGAAAUUAAUAAAAGUCUCCUAGCUCUCAAGGAGUGUAUUCGUGCUCUCAGCAGACGAGGGGAGUACCAGCCAUUCAGAGCCAGCAAGCUGACGCAGGUUCUCAGGGACUCGUUCAUCGGUGACAAUUCUCGGACUUGUAUGAUUGCGAUGGUAUCACCUGGGAUGACGUGUUGUGAGCAUACCCUGAACACGCUACGAUAUGCCGACAGAGUGAAGGAGCUUGGUCCAGGGGGACCGGUAGAAGGGAAGCCAGCAGAAAUAGCCCUGCCAAACAACAUCAACUUUGGAGCCAUGUCGCCACAGAACAGUGAUCUAGCCAAACUCAAAACCUCCAAUCAAGAUGAGAUCCCUGACGAGCUGCUGACAUUCCAUGAAGCUGUCAAUCACAUCCAGGAGAUGGAGGAGGAUAUCAUUGACGACCACAAAUCUCUCAUAGAGAAUACACAGAAAUGGCUGAUUGAAGACAAGAAACUGGCCAAGAAUUCAGAUGAAGCUGAUUAUGAUGUAGAAGCAUAUGCUAAACAGCUGGAUAACCUUUUAGCAAAGAAAAUCCAAACACUGACCAAGUUACGAGAAAAAGUAGCCAAUUUUCGAAAAGAAAUUCAAGAAGAAGAAACUUUGAGCAAAAAUAUCAAGAGCAAGAAGAAGUGAACAAACCAAACUCUCAAAAUCUGAGCUCACACAUCAAUCUAAUGAAACCACCAUCUGGAUCUGGACAAGUUCCGUUUGAUUACUCCUGAGGAGUGCCGAGUAUGCAUGCCUGCUAUCUGUGAUAUUUUUGUGUUUAUAUUUUGCUUCCUUGGAGAGAUUAGCCCACUCAUACUCUUUAUGCAGAGUGAUACCAUUGACAACAAGCUUAGACUGUGAUCACAGAAAAAAAAAUAGCCUUGUAGACCAGACUCCAUAUAGGUUUAUCGUCUCUGAACACUUCUUCCUCCCAUCUCUCUCUCUUUCUCUCGCUCUCCUUCACGUAGUUCUAAUUCUAGUCUUCUGUGGGUAUACACAUGUACAUGAUAACUAGUAUAUAACUGAUGAACUUGCCAGUUGUUGUUUGGUCAGUGUUGUGUCCAUUUUGUUGAAUGAAUUUCAUGAAUGAAAGGGUCACUUAUCCAUAUUUGUUCUUACUUCAUUGAAAUCCAGACUGAUGUAUAUCAUCUCUAUUGUAGAGCAUUUGUCGAUUUUCGUAGGGCAUUUUUAUAGAAUUAAAAAAAAAAUAAUCAAGAGGUUUAAACAGAGAGGUUCAUAGAAAACUCACUAGUCAUACAUGCAGGUUAUAUUGAAUUCAUUCAUACAUACAUGUAUUUUAAUCAGAUACGGAGAGAGAGAGUUUUGUUUUUAUUUGGCAGAUUUUCUAAAUGAAAUGCUAAUAGGUUCAUGACCCUAUAAUAUUGUUUUUCUUUGACUUAUUUUAGUUUUAUAUUGCACAUCCUACCAUGAGCAACUUUUAAUAUACAGUUCAAGUAUUUCUUUGUGUUUUUCUAGAGGCUUUAUUAAUCAGUGCCAGAAUUUAUCAUGACUCAUGCACUAAAAAGAAAGAAACAAUGAAUGGUCAGAAUACAUGUUCAUUUAACCACUGUUUCUGUAUCCUCCUCUGUUGUGGCGUGUGAUUUUUGUCGGCAAGCAAUCUUGUAAAACUAACCAGACAGAAAAACUAACUUUGGAUUUAUUUUGUGUUUUAAAAUAAAAAGUUCAUGGUUUUAAUACAUGUGCAAUAAUAAAAAUGUAUAAUUUUUUUUCCUGCUCCUGUCCUUUUAAUGUAUUAAACCAUAACAUUUUGUUGCAUGGAGAAUGAGGCUGUAUGAAUAUUCAUGGAUGCAAAUUUGGUUGUGUUUUCUGUUGUUUUCUUUAAUGUGAUUAAUUAGCAUCCCAUCUCACUCAUCCUUCACAGAGGCUUUGUUGAUAUUGUUUUGUGCAGAGACAUCAUUUUUGUAAUCGAGUACAAACAGGAGCUGUUUAUUUUAUUCUGAAAAAAAAAACCCAAUAUUUUUCACGUUUUUGUUUGUCUGUAAAUAUGUACAUUUAUUUAAAAACUAUGAGCUGUUCAUUUAUGUUAUAUAUUCUUCCAUAUGUAUAUAAUUCACUUGUAUUGUAAAUGAAGUGUACUUUUUCAUGACAAUGUCCAUGUUAUUACAUGUUCUAAUUAUUAAAGGUAAUGAAUAUGUAUUUAAUGAAUAUUUAUGGCUUAAAGAGUUGUAUUAUUUUGAAUACAAAAAAACCCCUCAGUUGUUUUAAUAUUGUAUAUUCAGCAUUAUAAUUUGUUAACAUGGUAGUUAUAGAAGAGGUUAGUGGGGUGUUAAUCCUUUUGAUAUAAAACUUUGGCUGUGUACCCACUGUUUAUUUAUAUUUUCAUAACAAAUAGGAGUAGGAAAAAAUAUUUAAUUAUAGUAUAUAAACCUUCAUGUGAUAAGAAAAAAUAGAUAUUUCUUUUUCUAACAAUAGAUUUUGUUACUUUUAGAUAGAGGGUUUGUAAUUGUUUUUUUUUUUUCCUUUUUAAUUUUGUGAAAUCUUUCAAAAUGAUUUUCAUGUAUUAUGCUACAUAGAGAACAUGAUAUCGAAAAGAGGUUCAUUCAUGUAACAUUCCAGUACAUUUACAGAAUUUAGAAAUGGUAAGAACACGAACAUGUAGUUGUUCAAGGUUUUCCUUUUCCCUUAAAACUGCUGAGUUGUCUCAUCUUUUUAUUUUUGUAUGGUAAUUUAUUUUAUUGAUCAAGAAAUCUGGUUCCUUCCUUUUCUCAGACUUAUGGAAUAAUGUAAACAAUUUUAAUAUACAAAUUCUGCUUUGUAUAAUUACCACCACACAAAAGUAUUUGAUAUUGUGCAUACAGCAUCUUUGUUUUGUUAGAAGAAAAAGUGAUGCAUGACAGAUAAGAGAGUAUUAUUUAGGUGUGCAAAUAGUUCUCGUACUUGACACUGUAAUUGAAAGAUGAGUUGAAGAGCUUGUUGAGUUUCUUAUUCAACUCUAGAAUCUUUGACUGCUUUGAAAACUUAAGGUCACAUUAAUGAAUAAAGAUAUGAAACAAGAA